AUGACGGACAAAAUUCGGUUGAAUACUGGUGGAAAAGAUGACGAUUCGUUUGAGUGCGAUGAAUUUGAUGCUGUUGAUCAAGACAGAACUAGUCGGUGUUUACAGAUGUGUAAAUGCACAAAAGAAGCUUCAACUUUUAGCCAGUUUGAUGGUGAAUGGACUUGUGUUGAAAAUGAAGAGUUUCGCGAAAGAGAGGGUAAGUGGAAAAACCGCUGUGUAAUUUUUUUUAUUCAAGAAAUUCAAGAGGGAGUGGAAUUUUAUACCGUCUAAGUUUCGCUUUUCAUCUCUGAAACUUCCAUGAGAGUUUAAGGAGCCUCAAAAAUACAAUUUAUUUUCUUAAAAUAUCUGGAAUAUAGAACCCUGGCUACAUAAUGAUGAUAUGAUAUCAAAUCCCUAUAAAUCAUGAUAAAAUUCUGAGCAGGAGGUUUAAUAAUGCAAAUAAGCACUACCGUAUUUAUAGGAAUUACGUCACAAAAGCUAUUCUCGACCCCAAUAAUGCAGUUUUAAGAUAUUGAAUAACUAUGAUGAUAUUGUCUCUUCAGAAAAGAAAAGAAAAUGAGAUAAACUUGGCUUAAAGAACACGAAAGAACCUUUAAACAUUUCUUAAGAUACGUUUAAAAGGGAACUAGCUAUUUCGGAAUGUUUAGAAAUUUAACUUUCUGAAGUGUGGAAAUUAGAGACAUUUGAAUCACCGAUAAGAGAAAAGUCCUUGAUCUUCGAAUUAUCUACGUUCAUGGUCUACCAGUUUUUGUAGCUUUGAUCAAGAAAAUCAGUUUCCCUCUUUGGCACUGUAAUUAAAACAUUUUGAAUGAUUAGUCGUCGAUCAACUGGAAUCUGAAGAGCCAAUAACUGUUGGAACGAUUUUCAUUACGUUGUGUGUCAUUAGUUCCCUGCUCUGUUUGAGACCAUAUAUCUCCCUUCAAACCUACCGAAGAAUUCAAACUUUCUAACGAUUUGUUGUACUCUAUUGACACAUUUGAAGUUUGUAUUGAUAAAGUCUUCACUGUAAUUUGAAAAUUUCCUCAAAGAAAAUCUCGUAUCGAAAUCUGCCGAGUCUUAAUCUUCGACCUAAAAAUCUUUCACUGACUUGAAAUACUUUUUCACCGAAAAUGCUUUCCAUCGUCUGCUCUAAAAGAGAUUUACUUAUUGUUAUCAAGGGCACAUGCUCAUGUCUAUUGUCGAAAUCGAUGUUAAAAUUUAAAAAUCUUACUUCCUAUUUGGACCGAACUGUAUGAAGAUUGCACCGCUUGUUUUCGAUAAAAGAGUUGAAAGGUAGUGUAGGGCCGUGAAAUGAUGGUAAUUUUCAUGACUGACUGAGAAAUUCACUGAGUUGAAUUGUGUAAGACGGUAUAUAAAAGGCGGGAGAGACUUAUGCUGAUGGAAAUAAGAUGGACACCGUUCAAAGGUCGUUCUUUUCCUCUACCUUGAUCUUCCACCUGACCACCCCUCUCAUACAAAUUAUCGUUUAGAGUGAUACAGCUCCCCCCGCCCCACUCUCCACCGUUAAUGAUUUAAGAAAACGAGUAUAAGUGGCUCUACUUUGUGGAACCAAUCCAUCUUUCAACAGACUGCGGAUUUCUCUUUGCAAUGGAGCGCGAAAACGAUCCAUUAAGAAUUCUGCAGGACGGCGAGGAAAAGGCGGUUUUUUUACCGAGUGGAAACUGUUCAAUUGAUGCGUCAACUUCAGAGUACCUGGACUGUGGAAUAUGGCGUCCAAUCGACGACAUGAGCGUUUUGAACAAAUUUAGUUUACACGGAAGGUUUACAGACAGUUACAGUUUUAAGGCAAGUACCUCGAUACCAAUGUCGAUUUUACUAAUCUGACACUUGGAGAGAAGCAAGAGUAUAUAAACUUGAAUAUGAAAGCGAUCUUCGCAGUAAUGAACACUACUUAAGCGGUAGUGAAAAGAAGGCCUGAAGAAAAAUUCAGGCCUGAAUUUUUUUUUUCAGGCCUUCUUUUCACUACUGCUUAAGUAGUAUUCAUUACUGCGAAGAUCGCUUUCAUAUUCACGUCUUUAACCGCAGUUCAAAUAUAUGACUUUCAUAUAUUCACAGCCAAUAUAUAAACCGUUUAUGUUCUCUUGACUUAGCUAUUCGGGCUGUUUAUGCCGAGAAAAAGCUGCGAUGAUUUUGUUAUAGCGAAACGUCUGCACCGUAAAUGUUACAUCAAUCACAAAACAAGAAAUAUUAUAAGAAAUAUUAUUCUAGUGGGAAUUUUUUCGAACAUCUAUCUUACCAUAUUUACCUAAAGGAGCACGGUCUUCGUGCAGAGGCCGAUUGAGGCUGAUGCAUCAUGAUCAAAAGAUAAAGUUUUGCGGUUAUGUUGAAUGUAUUUUUUUUCUUAGCUUUUGGCCACACCGCAAAAAAAGAAAAAGCCGAAAAGCAAACUCUAGGUGAAUAUUUUAGUAAAGAAAAAGAAUCUCCACAAACAUUUCACGUUUUUAUUUCUCAGGCGGGUGGUUCAAAUUUCUCUACUUUCCUCAACGGCCGCGUUAUAAAACUUGGUUUGACGUGUCUUCCGCCCGUUGGGAAACCUUGUUUGCUGUUCAAGCUCAGAGGAUCCGAAAGGUGUAAGUUGAAUCUAUUUUUCAUUAAAAAAAGAACGAUUUUAGAGUGAAUGUCUAAAAACUAAACUCGAAAUAAUUACGGCAGCAAAUCAAAAAGGAAAAGUGAAGACGAUGUGAAUUCAAACUAAGCUCUCGUCAACGACCUCAAGCUCGGAUCUAAUGAAGUCAGGAUAAGUUUAAGCUUUGAAUCUGAUUGGUUCUGACUAGACCAAUGAAAAGGCGUGCUACGGUAAAAUAAUUUAUCCCGGAUUGCUUUGUGUCCUUUACACUCUAUUGAAAGUAGCCUAUAUUUAUAUUUUACAGUAUAAACAGAAUUAACUAUAGUUCCUCUUUACAAUCGUUUUAUGGACUUGGCUUUUUUUUUCAUUCCCAUCCAUAGGUUCACUUUAUGGGACACAUUUCACACCAGCACAAGCAGCGCAUACUUCUACAUUCAAACCAUCUGAAACUCGCGACGACUUCUUACCAGUGGAAUCCUAUUUAAUUACACCAACUCGAAGUGUUAGCUCCACAUCUACAGUAUCAACUUCUGCUGAGGAAAGGCUUUCAAUUGAAGCAAGACAAACCAUGCCCCUCUACACCGCACCCACUCUCGAAGGAGUUGCUCCACUAUCUGUCAAGGGAAUGUCUUUGAUUACUUCAUUUGGCAAAACUUUACUCACGCCAAAACCAACUGCUCAUAUAAUUAUCUUCUCCUCUUCUCUAUUUGUCGACGAGAGGUUUGAUUCACGACGAAUGACUUCAAAUUCUAAAACGGAGACGAUGACUAAGAUUGUUGCGUCUAAAUCGAUUUUUGACGCCAAAGGUAGCAUCGGAAUGAACAGCACACCAAUUCUGCCUAACGUACGAAGGGUAAGGAAGCGCUAUGGGAAUUGAUGUGGUUGAUGGUUAAUUUUUUUGUUAUCAAUUUCCUUAUCGUUUCGUGGCUGAAUUUCAACGUAUGACCUUCCAGAUGAAGGCUUACUGUUAGAGAUAUUUCGAGAAAAAAAAAAGUAAUUUAUUUCUUAAAAAUUCUCCCUAUGAAUGGUAGACUUUCAGUCAAAGAAAUGACGAAGAAAAAGCUACCUUGUCCUCAUAAAAGUCUAAAGAUAUAAUUUCGAGUCCUCUUAAAAGUCUAAGGAUAUAAUUUCGAAAACUCCUAUGUAGUUGAAAAAAAAGUUUGUGUUACUCCUAAGUAACACCCAAUACUAGGGCCAACAAUUUUUUUUUUCUGACCAACAUUUUAAUGGAUAAUGUAUAAGUAUUGAAAUAGGAACUUACUUGCAAACCACUUUUGCGAGAUGGAAGGAAAAGUUUCUCUCACUGACUAAAUAUCCCUCUUUCCAUUUUUAUUUAUUUAUUCAUUUAUUUAUCAUUUUUACCCCCACAUGAGGUAGAAAAAAAGUUCAGAAUGAGGGAUAUACUUCUCGGGUUAAAAAUACAUAUAUUUUUUCCUCUGAUAGAUCGUCAGGCUUAGCUUAACUCUGCUGUUAUAUUAUCAUGAAGUUUAAUAUUAAAGAUUCUCCUCGAAGAUGUUACGUGAUGGUAUUGUAACGUCCUUUUUUCCAGAAAGAAUCGACCCCAAGGUCUCGUGGUCGCACCAGCAACUCGACCAUAGUGACAGCUGUGAUCCCAGGAAGCCUUGCGGGGUUAUUAGUCAUUCUUGUCUCGAUCCUGUUACUGUUCCUUGCUCGUCGGAUGGGUCAUUUAGUGUAAGUACUUAUGAUCAAUGUUAGCAUCUAAGCAAUCGCUCACCUACCCCUCCCCUAACCCAUCAACGGUCCAUUGAUAUCAAGAAAGGGUUAAUGUUGGGUUAGGGGAGGGGUAGUAUUUGAAUGUGUUGUGUUGCUUUACUUUGAGGACCGACAAAAUUUAGACUUGUGUAUUUGUUUUUCUUUUUGCAGCCGUGUUGCGGCCGAGAGAGACGUAGAUGCGGGAGGUUUGUUAAUAACAUAAUUUUCAAUUGCUUGUUGAAAGUAACUACGGAAUGUAUCGGUUUAGCUUUAACCAUAAACUCCAGGAAUGGCCCAAAAAACUCAAGCCAUCUUCUCAGUUAAUGAAAAACCAGUCGAAAGCAGGCCACUCGCCUUUUUCCAUUCCACCUUUGCUUUGUUUUGUCUUUCAUAUUAUCAGACGGCAAGGCAAGGAUUUAUCACCAUUGAGGCUACAUGAGGUUUUAAAUGGUCGUAGAGUGUUUAUUUUCAAGUUUCCGACUAAAAUGGUGAAGUUUUUUAAAAGAACAGUCUCUGUUAAACAAGCUCAUAAAUCAUUAAAAAAAUUGUUUCAUUUUCUUUAAACAGACGAAGGUCAGCAGUCCAUAAGCGAGGUAAGUUAGUUGUGUCUGUACAUUCUUUUUAUUGUUUGCCUGCUAAAACGUUUACUGUAUAUGUUGCACUUGUGCUAUGUUGGUCGGGCUAUAAAUGAGUUAUGUAUAGUUUGAACUGAGUAUUUAGACAAACCUUAGCCGAGCUCCUCUUAUUGAACCAUUAUAAACAAACUGCACGAAGCGCAGAUUGAAUUAAAAAAAAGCGCAAGUGACCAAAUCACGUUUGGUUUUGGUUUCGUGUCUGAUGAGUUGAAGACUAAGCGCCUUUUUUGAUUCAAUCAUUAAGUGAAGCAAAACAAAACCAAUGCAAUCCUGGGUUACUCUGAGCGCUCGGUUGAAAGUUGUUCUGUUUACUCAACAUGUUGAGGUGCGCAGGUCUGAGGUAGCUACUUACCCAGUGCUCGGUUUCCACUUUUUCAGGAUCAUACCAUUCAUGGAAGUGAAGAAAAUCGCUCUGUAGAAAAUCUCUCGGUUUACGAGUUGGCUGAAAGGGGAAAUUUGUCAAGUGUCACUGAAAAUCAAGCUUCAGGUAAGAACAGUUCUUUGUUUUUCGCUGUCCUCUCUGGAGAAAAUGUCUUUAAACAUUGUUCUUAACAUUUCUAUGUAGUUACAAGUCCAGUUUAAAAGAGACGAACAGAUUGUUAUUCACGGCGGCUUCAACAUAAACAACACAACACCUGAUGUAAGCUGAAAAUGUUUACGUGUAGCCGCCCCCAGAUAUUCAGCAUUGGUGGUAGCGAUGUCUACAGAAUUGCACCAACUCUCCCCUCCCUCCCCUGUUGUUUUCUGGAUGUCCGAAUUCUCUGGAAGGAAGCAAUGGAAUUAGUAAGGUAAACUUCAUUCAAUAUAUAUGAUAUCACAUUACAUGUUGGUACGCUUUCCAUACCAUGUAAAGGAAAUUGGCAAUGGCAAUAUACCAGGUAAAUAAAUGGUUAGCUAUGGAAUAUCUUCUCACGUAAAACGAGGUUGAUUUCCACCGUUCUCUCGAAUCCGGUCCUCCUUUCUCCUCGGAAAGUGAAUUCUGGUCAGUAGCACGGGCAUAAAUUCUGGAACAGCGGCUCAUUAUCUUUCCCAAAUUAACAUCUGUAGUUUUAGAUCGUGAGCGGAUAAACGAAUCAGCAAAAAGAAAGCAAGAAAGCUGUAUUAAGGAGCAAGAGCACAAAUGAACUAACCAAAGAAUUAACCGUUUGAUCCCUAAGAGUGACCAGCAUCUAAUUUCUCCUUACAAUAUCACCCCUGAAUCACACAUUAAGGUUACGAGAAUAAAGGAAAUGAUCACCAAUAAAAAAAAGCUCUUGAUUGUGAAACAAUUUCUCCUUGUCAGCUCCUUAGGAAAUGUAUAGAGAACAGUAUGGAGAAUAUACAUACUGAUGUUAGGGUGUAAAGGGUUAAUAGAUGAAUGCCUUAAGGAAUGAACCCAUAAAUAAAUUAACAAAUUAAUGAUUAAUUGAAAAAUCUCGAAGAUAGGUACGCAAAAAUCAAAAUGAUAAACAAUUUCUUCCGACCUCAUUGUUCUUUUCUUCUAUUUCUACAUAUAUGGUUCUCUAACAUAUAUAUUUUUGUUUGUCAAUAAUCAAAUUUUGUUUACUGAAAGUGUGUUCCGCUGCGGGGUUGUUAGCUGCUGGAGUGAACUCAUUUGAAAGUCAAAACAGGCUAAUCUCAUUAUCAUUCACAUUGUGCUCUCACAACUGCACGCGGUAA